ACCAUAUUUGAGCCGCCUCUCAAAUUUAAGCCGCGGCUCAAAUUCUUCCAAUUCGGCCUCUGAUAAAUUGUCUCAAACUCUCAUUGGUGAUGUUUUCAAUUGAUCUAGAAAAAAAUGAUAGUAUAAGAACGUAUUCUCUGCAGCCCGGAGAGCUCCUGGUUCUCCCCAGAUGGACAAUCUCUUGCUUUCUUCUCUAUAAAUAAUACAGAGGUCGGAAAGAUUAAAGGGUCUCGUCUUAGUGUUUCAACCCUGCACCCUUCACUUCCUUUCCCUACGACAGGAGGUCCUCUACCUAUUGUGACAGUUUAUGUCGUUAAUUUGGUUCUAGCGGCGGAUCCUAGAAUACUCAACCUUCCAGUGCAAAUUAAAUCCAGGUCUGGAUACCUAGGACCUAUCAAGUGGAUUACAAACAUCACCCUCUCCCUGACCUUCCUCUCCAGGAACCAGGAGUUCAUCAACUUCAUCCACUGCAAUACUCUAACACUAUCCUGUACUCUGGUACAUGUAGCAGAGGACCGUGGACAAGAUCUGAUGUAUUCUCGAAUAUCUGAAGAUGGUUCAAAACUUCUAUAUAUUGGAACUAUAGGGGGUAGAUCUGAGCUGAUUCUGAAGGAUAUUACGACACUAGGAGGUCAGGAGAUUGCUCUUACAGCAGGAGGUCUUCAGCAGGUUCGGAGUUUGGUGGGCUGGGAACAAAAAUCUGGAAAUAUAUAUUACAUUGGAUCUCGAGGAAGAGGAGAUGAAAACCUGUACAGAGCUGAACUUGGAGCAGGCGGAGCUAUUUCCAGUUCAUGUUUAUCCUGCUCCUCGUCUUCAUCAUCAUCAUCAUCAUCCUCUCUCUCCGUCAAGUCAUUCAGAGUUUCUCCAAACUUCAAAUUUUAUUUGCAGGAGGAGAUGGUGAAUGUGAGUUCCGUCCUUGUAUCGGAGACAAGACUAGUUUCUCUCAACACUGGAGAAAUAUUAUCUACCCUAGAUCUAAACCAUGAUCUCAAACAUCAGAUCUCUCUCCUCUCCCUCCCUAGGAGAAGAUUUAUAGAGUUUAGUAAAGAGAGGAUUGAUCUUGAGCUGACUCUCCCCCCCACCUGGAGAUCCAACCUGGAGAUACAGUUUCCACUUUUCCUCAUCCUGCAGGACGAGAUGGAAGGUUACUCCAGACCUAAGAACGGGUUGAGUUGGGAGGAUUAUCUAGCAUCUGAGAAAGAAUAUAUUGUAGGACGGGUUUAUCAUAGAAAACAACAGAUUUCCCGCACCAAGAAAAUUAAAUCAGGAAAUUUAAAAUUCUCCGAAGUAGGAGAUAUCCUCAAGAUUAUCAGGCAUUUGAUAAAGAAUCAGAGUUAUAUCUCUCCGUCUGAUAUAUGUAUUCUGGGACGGAGCUAUGGAGCCUGGAUGGUUGGAGCAGUGCUAGCAGAGGACUCGGAGAGGUUUGUCUCGUGCGCAGUUCUCUUCAACCCUAUCUCUCAUUGGAAUAAAAUAGAUACCUGGACGAGUGAGCGCUAUCUUGGAGAAAUAGAAACCGGUUUUCUCAACUAUGAUUCAGCAGAUAUUUCUAACUAUGCAAAUAGAUUCUCAAAGAGGCACGUGUCUGUUCUUGUGGUUGAUGAGAGUACAAAUCGACCUGGUCAGGUUCAACAAACCUUCUCUCUCUCCAAGCUCUUGGUUGACAAGGGAGUCAUGUUCAAGCAGAUGAUCUAUCCUGAUGAAAAAUAUCCUGGAGAAAACCGUCCUCAUCUCGUCUCUGUAAUUGACAAUUUUGUACAAAAUCAAUUUUCUCAAGAACUUGAAAAACUACCCCCGGAGGUGUACAGAGGAAAGAAUAUUGAGAAGAAGAGAACGGAGGAGAAAAGAGAAAAAGAAGAAAAAAAUAGAAAAGCAGAAGAUGAGGAAAGAAGAAAUUGAAAAAAGUUUUUUGAAUGUAAUCAUAGGUUUGUAAGGAUUAAAAACUGAAGUCGGAUCAAAUGGAUAUUCAUUCUGAAGUAAGGGGAAUGAUGCAAGUAUGUAAAAACAAGCAACCAUAUUUUUUCGCAAUUCCUAAUCUUUAGUUCUUGUAUUUUUUGUAGAUAUCACAGAAAUAUAAAAGAAUAUAAAAAAAUGAAAAUUUAAUGAACUGUUGAGUUUGGACGGAAUAAAUUUAGUCUAGCUUAUUAAAAACAAAAAAUAGGAUUAUUUUGUUGUAAAUUAAACCAUCUAUAUUUUCCUAAAAGUUGUAUUUUACCAUUGUAGAUCUCGAGAUUCACAAUACAACAGUUCUCACUUCUGAUCAUAUCUUUAGUGUAAUAAUUCAAAUAUGUUUAGUGAUCUAUUUGAUAUCGUCAACUUGAAUAUAAGUAAUAUAAUCAAGGCAGUAAAAGAGUUCCAUCAAGGAUUCACACCAGAACCUGAAACUAUGGCGCAUUACUUGUUUUCUAUUACUAGGGUUUAAUAUGUUGAAUCAUCCAGUUUAAUAGUUUUGAAAAAGAAACUUAUGAAUGGGUGAAAGGCAGUUGACCUUCAUCUCUGUAAUUAAUUAAUUAAUUAUUGGUUAAGAAAGUACUUUUGACCUUCAACUGAUUAAAUUUGAACCACAAAGAAUUGAUUACUCGCGACAAACUUGAAUUUUCUAACCCUAAAUUUUUUCUAUUCUGAUCGUGUAAACCUUUGUUAUUGCAUUCUUUCCUAAAUUUAACUGUUGAUAUUCAUAUUUCACGCAGAUUUAACAGUUCUUCUCCCAGUGAGCUCAGACUUUCAAUGACAAUUUGACCAACUCAAUAUACAUUUUUCGCUUUUUCUCAAUCAUGCUUUUUUGUUGGUGGACGAGUUAUCAAUAAAAAAUCAUUAAAAAAGUUUUAUUAUUGUUGAAUUAUAGACCAAAAUGCGAUUUAAUUCAAAUUGAAGCAACUGAAGCAAGGUUAUUUGUUAUUCCAGGUUUCAAAGGGAUAAGAAAACUAAAGAUUAUGUCGAGUAAAAUCGGUUCAUCUGAUUUUAAAAGUUUGCAUUUAAAACCACCCUGCAAGUAUUUGCACAAAUUCUUAUUGAAGUUAGAUUUUAGAAAAUUCGUGUGAAUUUUUUUGUUUAAUGUAAAUACUUAUUAUAGAUUCCAAAUUACCGAAUAUAUUUGAUUUCCGCGCUCUCAUAAUUUCUUCAAAAAAGGUUUGAAUGUCUGAUUGGUCCCAAUUUU